GGUUACUAAGAAAUAAUCGAUUCGUCCAGAGUCUUCGUGCUUGAAACCAACUGCACGUAACUUCUAAACUAAAGAAGACUCGUGCCUCGCCAAUCGAUCAACACACCACUACUAUUGGCACGAUCCCUCUGUAUAUACGCUAGGUCGGCCUGGUUUGACCAUCCGCGUUUGUUAUAGACCACAUUCGUCCGUGGUGCUGUUUGGAUUUUGAAUAUCAAGCGAAGCCGGCGAACAAAGCAUGUAUGACAUUGGUCAUCGGUGACAUCAGGUUCAACGCUUAAGAAGCAACGUAUCCGCCUUAUCAUAGCCAUGGACUACGUCCGGACGAACGUUCUGGGGAGAUCUCAGUCAUCGGAGGGGCGGACACAAGACUCUGAACAGCAGAGGUUGCCAGAGAUGGGUGAGCAGAGGGGUUCCCGUACGAGACGCUUCUCGAUAAGCCGGCCGCCCUUACCAAGCUUAUUCACGAGUCGAUCGCGUAUGGAUAGACAGGAUGGACGGAAUCAGAGGACCGAAGGCGAUAUACCCGAGGACGAUAGCCCGAAGACACCGCGCUUCAACCUAGGCCUUCCCAACAUGCCUUCUACCCGUCUGCACCUACCGAACCUGACACGAACCUGGACCCGUGGAUCAUCAGGUCCGGCCUCGCCCACCCAAGCGUCACAGCCGCCGCCCGAACCCACACCUCAACUCUCAUUACCUCGGAUACAAGUCGAACGAUUGCCUGCCGUAUCCCAGCCACCACCUUCCCAUGGGGGUCCCGAUACGGGGCGCUCACGAUAUCGGGGCGCCGAUCCCGGAGAAACACACUUGGUCGACGUGGUGGGUAGAGGGAGACGGCAACGUCAUAGUCAAAGCAGGACACAUACACCGGAGCAGCGGCCCAAGAAAUUAUUGUUUUGUUUCCCAUGGAUCAAGUCGCGGCGCAUGCGUUCUUAUAUCUUGCGGUGUUUCGUAUCCGGCAUUUUCUUGAUCGUUAUGCUCGCUGUUUAUCUCGCCCUUUCAAUCACGAAGAACGUCAACACAAGCGAGUUUACGGUGCUUCUGAUACUCAUAAUUUUAUUUGCAACCAUCUUCUUCUGCCACGGGCUCAUCAGGAUCUGUAUGUUGAUUAUCAGGCCGCCGAACGAAGAGGACGAAGAACGUCCGUCUCUGCCACGGUUAUUGGAACCCGGUGGCUACGCAGUUCCGCGACGGCCAAUUCAUGUCAUUCUUGCGCGUGAUGAAGAGGCGGCAGGAAUCGAUGAUACCUCAAAUAAGAUGCAGCCUCCGGCUUACGGCUUAUGGCGCGAGAGCGUGCGUGUGGACCCUGAUCGCCUCUAUUGGCAGCGUAACGAUCAGCCGCCCAGGGAGGGAGGUGAAGAGGAACCUCGACCCGGAACGGCGCGGCCGCCUUCGUAUGCGUCCGAGGACGGUGUCAGCUAUGUAGUCGAGGCCCGUCCAAGAUCUAUGGUUCCAACGACGGACGUACCGCUUCUGCCUCAUCCCGAGGCCGGACGCCUUCGGUGAGGCAGCGAGUCCUGAAUGCUUGGUUAUAGAGCAUUAAGAGAGAGUCUGCCCUCCUAAACUUAUGCGAAGUAUAUAAUUAGAGAGUAAAAAGGGGAGGAGGAAAAUGUGUAAUUACCUGUGUACGGUACCAAGGUAAAGGGGCGGGCAAGGGAAAAUCAGAGCAAAACCACGUAUCCUGUGUGUAUAUCUUAUUCUUCUAACGCGCCGAAUCGUAUUGCACAUGUGGCAUGGGAUUACACACGCAUAUAGGUUUCUUGGGUUCCAGCACCGGCGCUAUGGGAGUGAGGAUCGUUAAUAUUGCUUUCCAGAGCUAUUGUGUAACUGUAGGCAGUUGUGGAAUUGUCAUAGCCUGCUGAUCAAGUUGAGU